GGAAAGAGAAAAAAGUUCGAAUUCCAAUUUUACCCCCGUACAAUUCUGACAAAACGCCAAAUCGGAUUCCACAAAACUCCACACGAUCAUUUCUCCGUUCAGACAUUGUUCAGCUCUGCUCGUAAACUCACUGACAAUUUGACGUCAACCGAUGGUCCAGCCAAAACUCCAAGGAACCAUUCACAUGCCAUCGCGUGGCGUUGAAGCAAUGUCCCGGAGUGUGAUCGUGGCGGUGAAGGCAGAGAAGGUGAUAUCUAAAACUGCAUUGUCUUGGACCAUCACACACGUGGCGAGGCCCGGCGACUGCAUUCUUCUCCUUGCCGUCUUGUACGAGAAGAUGAAUGGUGGGAGGAGAUUUUGGGGAUUUCCGAGAUUGAAAGGUGUCCGUCGGAGUAGUGACCGGAAAAAGUUACCGGAUAAGAUCGGACAAAUCUCGGAGUCUUGUUCUCAGAUGGUAUUCCAAUUUCACGAACUACGAUAUCUCUUUAAUCCACCAGUUUCCCAGACAACCAUCGACGCUUCUCCUUCUUCUUCUCUAUUUUAUUUUUCUUUCUCCCAAAAUUCUCUCUAUAAGCUACAUAAUCUUGCCGGAGCUUUCCGAUGUAGAUUCAAGCCUUUAAGCAGAUGA